CAUCGCAGCAUUCGAAAUGAGCUCACGACACACAUACGCUGUAUUCUUCAUCGCCAGCGUAUUAGUGUUACAGUAUGUUUGUGCACAAAGCGAUGAUUUCCAAGAAUUUCACCGUGAUGCACGAGCUCCAAAAUUCAUCCGAUUUGGUCGUGGAGGUGGAGCAAAGUUUAUUCGAUUUGGACGAAGUGGAGCAAAUACUUGGGAAAACGAUGUGAUUGAUGACGGUGACUUCGAAGCUUUGCAUCAGUACAAGCGAGCAGCGAAGUUCAUCCGAUUUGGCUGAGCUUGUUGACAUGCUAUGGCUCUGACAUUUUCAAUCAGAAUUCUAACAACAUCAUCACCAUCAUCUGCAGUACAGAAACGACAUCGAUACUACCAAUUAUUAUUCUAUUGUUGAUCUCAGCAUUAAGUAAUAUACAUAU